AUGUUUAGAAUCCGUGAUUCGAGGAAGAUCGAAAAGAAAGCUGCAAAGCCGUUGGCAUCACAUCAUGAUGUUUUAACUUCAGGGCCUGGUGACGUACAGACUGAAAUAAUUUAUCAUCUAGGCAAUUCGGGCGUCAACUCCAUGUAA